UCCUCUCAUAGCUUUCCGGUCCCGCAGCUCACAUUCCAUCCCUUUUUACGUGUGCGCCUCCAAAACAAUCUCCUCUCCCACACUCAACUUCAUGCUUGUUAUUUGUGGGCAUCAUAUGGAGGGAAGCACUUCGGAUCCAAAAGGUAUUAGGGAUGGUUUCUGAGGCUUAGGUGCAUGGUUGUGGGGUGGAAACUGGGCUGUAGGCAUAGAUCAAGAGAAUUGAGAGGACGUCUGAAUGAGAAUGGAUGCUUCUUUUAUCCCACAAAGCAACCAUGGGACCAUGGUUGAGAAGGAGGACCUUGGGUCCAUGUCUUCUUCCUCCGAGAACUCUUCGGCGUCGUCGGACUUCAUGGAAGAUGCAACCUCUUCCGCAUCCUCCUCGUCGCUGCUGAACAAGGACGAUCAUUUCGAAGGUGGACCUCUAUAUCGCAUGUCUUCUCUCGCAGCCCAGCUUCCCUUCAAUUAUAGGAGAGGGCUGUCGAAGUUUUACAACGGGAAAUCUCAGUCAUUCACAUCUUUAUCCAAUGUGAGGGGCUUAGAGGAUCUUGCCAAGCCUGAGAGGCCAUGCAGGAAAAAACUCAAGUCAUCCAGGAGCUGUGGAGGGGAUUUGGACUGGCAGAAAUCACUGUCCCUUAAAGGGUGUUCCAAGAUUAUCACGAAGAAGGCUUCAAGGGGCUCCUCAUUUUCACUCGGUGCAAGGAGUAGGCCUCCCAUUCCUCCACAGAAAUCUAGCAAUUUUUCGAGCAAUAACCUUUUGUUUGCUUCAAGGUGUUUCGAGUGAUGCAUAGAGAUUAGAAACUAAUCGUGAUUUUGGUUUGAGUAGUUAAGUGAUCUAAUUUUGUUAUGAUGCAAGAGAAGUUGUUCGUAUACAUUUAUGAAUGUUGUUGGUGGGCUGUUUUCUAAUAGCUAAUACACACAAUUGUCCAGAUUUUAUUGG